CAGCCCCGGCGCCCGGGUUCUGAAAGUCCCCGGGGGAGGGUAUUUCCUUGGCCCGCCCUGGGGCGGAAGAGGGGCGGGAGGCGGGGCCCAAGCACCGCUGGAAGGGGAGCCUGGACCUCUGGAUCCGGAGCAGAGAGGCGCCCGGCUGCAUCCACGGAGCUUCCUUUACCCUCUGACCCUCUUUUCCCCUGCUCCCCUAGCCCUUUUCACUCUCCACCCCUCACUGAACAUCCGUUCAGGUCCCGUUGUCCCCCUCUCCCGCGGGAUUCCCUGACUGGCGUCCCCACUCUCACCGCCCCCGAGGUAGCGGUGAGGCCUCCUUGCCCGAACCCUGUCCCCCUCACCCAGAGCCUUACUUUCCUCUCUUCCCCCUCACACCAACUUCUCUUUUCGCCCUUCUCUCUUCUCAUAUCGUUGGUACCGUCUCUGACUCAUUGACCUUGAGCUGCCAGAUCUGAAUCUCCACUCUUCCUUUGCUUCUUCCCCUUUCCCCCAUCAACUUGGCCCAUAACCUUUUCUUCAUUUUCUCGGUUUUCUCCUUUCUGUGUCCUACCUCGUCUCCCUCUUUCCCUCUGCCCUCUCCCUCUCAGCUCCUCUGCCCUUCUCUAUCCCACCUCUCCCAUUCACUUCCUGUCCUCCCAUCCCCAGCCUCACCUGCUGAGCCUCUCAGUAGCAUCUCCUUCCUGUUCUCUGCUCCUAGUACUCCCCACCCUCACCUAAGACGACCAUGGCCACCAUCCCAGACUGGAAGCUACAGCUGCUGGCCCGGCGCCGGCAGGAGGAGGCAGCCGUUCGUGGCCGGGAGAAGGUAGAGAGGGAGCGUCUGUCCCAGAUGCCAGCUUGGAAGCGGGGGCUCCUGGAGCGUCGCCGAGCCAAACUUGGUCUGUCUCCUGGGGAGCCUAACCCUGCAUCUGGGACUACAGCAGUUGGACCUCCAGACCCAGACAAGUCUGCGGUCCUCCUGGAGGCCAUUGGCCCAGUGCACCAGAACCGAUUCAUUCAACAGGAGCGCCAGCAGCAGCAGCAGCAGCAGCACCGGAGUGAUGAGCUAUUUGCAGAAAGAAGGCCUGGGACUUUGGAGGCCAGGGAGUGGAGACUCAGCCCUGGGGAGAUGAGAGAUCCAAGCCCCAAGGAAAGAGAGUCCAGGGAAGAGCAGCUCAGUCCCAAGGAAGCCAGAGAGAGGAGGCUGGAAGUAGGGGGAGCUGAAGAGUCAAGCCUCAGGCCUUUGGGGGUUCGUGACGGGAGGCAGGCUGGAGACAGGAUCUACAGGCUGUCAGAGACGCAGAAAUGGAGGCUGAGUCCUGCAGAAACACCGGAGCGGAGUCUGAGACUGGCAGAGCCUCAAGAACAAAGUCCUAGAAGAAAAGAGCUGGUGGAAAGUAGGCUGAGCCCACCAGAGUCUGACAGCCAGCAGCCGGGCCUGACAGAGGCCCAUAAAUGGAGGCCUGACUCCAGAGAGUCUCAGGAACAAAGUUUGAUACAACUGGAGUCAUCAGAAUGGAGGCCGAGCUCAGGAGAAGAAAGAAAAGGCUGCUCAGAGGAGUGUGGAAGAAGAGAAGACAGGCCAGCUCCAAGAAUGGCUCCAGAAGAGAUUACAGGGCUCUCUGAGACCCUGACACGGAGGGCUCCAGCCAGCAGCUCUGGAGGAGUGCAGGCAGCAGAGCAGAGACCCAGCCCUGUGGAGGAUGGCAAGGGGGACUUGAGUCUGACAGAAGGGUGGAGAUGGACCCUGUACUCUGGAAAGGUUCGAGAAUGGACACCCAGGGACACAGAGACUCAAACUCAGAAGCCAGCCCCUCCAGAGUCUGCUGAGAAGCAUCUGGGUCCUCUUGGUGCAGAGACUGGAGAAGUGGAGGCUGAAAAGGAGGUGGGAGCUAAGGACAAGCCUCUUAGCACCCUGCAGAACCGCUGCUCUGUGCCCUGCCCCCUCCCACCAGAGGAUGCUGGGACUGGAGGCUCUAGACAGCAGGAAGAGGAAGCUGGGGAACUCCAGCCCCCACCCGCAGCCCCUCUGUCUCCAUCCCCAGCCUCACCUGCCCCCCAGCUCCCUGGGGAUCCCCUCAUGAGCCGGCUGUUCUAUGGGGUGAAGGCAGGGCCAGGGGUGGGGGCCCCCCGCCGCAGUGGACACACCUUCACAGUCAACCCAAGGCGGUCUGUCCCCCCUGCAGCCCCUGCCACUCCAGGCACCACUGAUGCUGCAGUCCCUGGUGCUGGGAAGAAGCGGUACCCGACUGCUGAGGAAAUCUUGGUUCUGGGGGGCUACCUCCGCCUCAGCCGCAGCUGCCUUGUCAAGGGGUCCCCUGAAAGGCACCACAAACAGCUCAAGAUAUCCUUCAGCGAGACAGCCCUAGAGACCACGUACCAAUACCCCUCCGAGAGCUCGGUGCUGGAGGAGCUGGGCCCGGAUCCCGAGGCCCCCAAUGCUCCCAGGGCCCCAGCGGCCCAGCCAGACGAAGAUGACGACGAGGAGGAGGAGGAGGAGGUGGAGGAGGAGGAGCUGCAGCCGGAGCUCCGGGGCGGGCUGCGCACCAAGGCGCUGAUCGUGGAUGAAUCCUGCCGAAGGUGACCCUCUUCCAACACAGGGUUGUACCUCCCUCCUCGGAACUGAAGAUCCUGAAUUCCAGAAGAUUCAGUGCAGACAACCCUGGAAAUAAGCCUGACAGGGAAGGGCAACCAGCAUCUUCCAACUUGCUUUCCUCAUCCUGUUUCUGGAGACAGAGCCCAAAUUCCACCCUCACUCAAAGUCCCCAGAGUGAGUGCAUCAUGCAUGCUCAUGUACCCUAGGUGACCCAAGUCCCAAGGGUGGUGGACAGAGCUCAUGGGGGGUGGAGGUGGAGAACCCUGUUCUUCCCACAGCCCCUCUUGGGCUCUCAGGAUUUAAGCACUCAUCUCCCUGGGAGGCUGGCCCCCAGUCCUUUUAUAGGCACAUCUUUCUCCUGCUCCUUAGGUCACUGAUCUUUUGUUUACAGCUCCUGUCUCCCCUCUUGAUCACAGCCUGGUUUACAAACACCCCCAGCUCCAUCCCCCCACAAAAAAGUCCCAGGUUUACAGGCCACAUCUAUUUUCUAUGUCCAUAUGAAAUCCUCUUCUUUGUCUCCCAGUGUCCCCAGUCACCUCACUGGGUGUGGCUUCCUCUACCUUUACUCAGUGUUACUAGGCCUCAGUUUUCCCCAAGAGGAAAGUCAGGGAAUCUUAACUCUAUAACCAUGUCUGGUUAUUUAAGUGGUUCAAAAAUGAAUUAAAUUGCAAGGGUGUAGAGUGACUAAUGAAGUACCUCAACUCUCCUCCCCUAUUUCUUCCUUAUCAAUUGCCUGUUUAAAAAAAGACAAAAACAACCUUUCAUAAUAAAG